AUGGCAGAAGGUUGUUCUGCGAGUUCUGAAGUGGAUGACAGCGGUAUGUAUUCCAUCGUCUUAAUUCAUAAAUUUCCGUUUUUCGCCUACAGUUCGGACAGUUCGAUAAUACAGUUUCACCCACAUGAGGGAAAUGCAAGAUUUUUUCACAGGAUUUUGCAAGUAUAAACGAACGUCAAUUUCGGUUAUCUCAACCUGCACGGAGCACCAUAACUUGUAAAAUAAGAAAGCUUACUUAUAAGGACAACCUUGUAUAUUUUCCUGUAGCAUCGGCGUACGGGAAAAAUUUUGUUGGGGGGGGCUGAACAUAAUUUGCCCGAAUGAAACUUGUUGGUCACAUAUGCACAAGAUGAUUCUUUCGUGACGUCAAGUUUUCUUCGCCGUGCCGUGAGAGUACGGGCGUUCAAAAUAGUGCAAAUAUUUCGGUAAAUCGAGAUGAACAUUUCUAAAAUACAAAACCAUGAAGUGAGAGAUAAAACGUACCAAUUUGAACUCUAAAAGAAGUAUGAAGAACGAUUACUUCGACACCCAAAUGUGUCAAUAAUCCUUUGCAUGUCACUCUGCAUUGUCUUGUUUGCAUACUGUCUUUCAAUGUUAAUAAUGGCGAUACUGCGAAGUUGGUCUUGUCCCAUUGUGGAUCUUAAAAAUAUCUUGAUGCGGCAAAGGGCGCUGAAAGACCUUUCAGCAGAGCACGAGGUUGCAGGAAUUGUGGCCAGGAUGGAGAUAACUUUAUAUAGACCAGGUAAAAUGUAAUGGAGACCAUUUUGAUGCAUGGUCUUUACCAUCACGGCUGCGUUUUUUCUCUGGCAUGGGCCCCCGCAGUCGUAGUUUUCAAAGAUUGACUUCUCACUUGAUAGCAUUUCACUAUCCACGCCACAGAAAUUUCAUACAGUUUGGAUGUUGUUGAUGCUUGGAGAACGGCUGAAUAUGAUUUCACCCAAUGCGCACAAAACCUACAGGUCAUUGCCCUCAAACCUUGAUUGAAGUUCACUGACGACUUUGUCAAUACAUGUGUAAUAAACUGUGAUACGAAAGUGGUCUUUUGCCGUCUGUUGUGAGCUGUCGUUCGCUGCAGCAGGUGUCUCACCUUACUGUGUCUUUGCCCGAACGGUACAUCAGUUUUGCCCGAAUAAUACUAUUUUUUUCCCGACAGGGGGGGCUGCAGCCCCCCCAGCCCCCCCGCCCCGUACGCUGAUGGUAGCAUGUUGAAAAUAACUAUAUUGAAUCUGAGAAAGGGGUUUUUUUUUUUAGGCCGUCCAAGCACUUUCAACUGGAGUCGAACCUAUGACCCUCAAUUAAGCUUACAUUCUGGUUGCUAAUCCCAAUGAUCUACCACACAUAAACACACACACAAAAAUCUAUUUCAAAUAUUCACUAGACUUGAAAUUCACCUUCACACUUCUAUCAUUGCACAUAACUAUAUAUUGACAUUCCAGGCCCAGCAGCUGUAUGCAGCAUAUGUCUUUCUAACAUGAACCUAGUUUAUUGACCUUUAAUUCCUUCAAGUCUCUUGUAGCUGAUGCAGUGGUAGAGUAUCUGGAUUGUUAACUAGGCCUCAGUUGUUCAAAAGGUGGAUAGCGUUGUCCACCGGAUAAAUCUUUAUCCAGUGGAUAGCGCAGUUGGUUUUCAGAAUACUUUUCAGCUGGAUGGUGAUUUAUCUGGUGGUUAGCGCUAUUCAAUGCUUAAACAACUGGGGCCAGAAGGUCAUAGGUUUGAAUCCUAUUGUGAUUUCUUGGAUUGUUUCUUCCAAGCUUCCUGUGACAGAAAAAAAAACAUCUUUGUCAUGUGUUCACCAGGCUUAAAAUUCAAAUUUCUAACAAUAUUGAAGUUCGAAUGAGGCCUUUCACUACGGUUAAAAUUUAAAAUUAUUUGCCUGGAUUUUUUUAAAUUUUAACAGAAGUGAAAGGCUCCAUUUGAACUUCAAUGGUUUAAUCAGGACUGUUGACUUUUUUAGAGAAGUGCAUGUUUUGUGUGUAGAAAAUGAGGUGUAUUUUCAAAUUAGCAAGUUAUACCUGCCAACUUUUUUAAGUUAUAGGCGUUUUUCAAAAUGUGUCAGUUAAUGCUCUAAUGGCACAAACCUUUCUACCAGGCAUGACAAAUUGGAGCACACGUGUGAGAUCAAAGUUUUUGAUCCGCAGGCAUGACAAUCACGCCUUGCUUAGACUUGACACUUGGCAGGUGUAACAAGUAACAGGGCCAAUGCGUGAUGAAAUUGUGGUGUUGUGUUGGUGUGGAAGAGAACACAUUAUUUUAUAAAAUCUAGCCCUUAAUCACAAAAACGAGAAAUUCCAGGUUAUGCAUUGAAAGGUGAUUUAACCCAUUCGCCCCUGAGCUGCCCCUAACCACCCGUGCGGAUCUACAUGCCCGAACUUUGCAAGCUAAUAUUUUGCAUCUGGAUCAGAUGGCCGCAAAGUGUACAACCUGUAAAUGGCUUUAUGGUAAGUUUUAGCUCAUUACAGCAAGACAGUGACCAGAAAACUGCUUGACUAGCUUCAAAAUGCAUUCUUGGGCAAAAUUUCCAGGGGCAAAUGGUUUAAUUGCUUGGGAUACAAAUGAAGUGCCAUAAUUUUCACCGUAAAACUUACUGUUUAGUUAUGCUUGAAUGGACUGAUGUAAUUAUUCUUCCACUGACCAUAAAUGAUGAUUUUGUACACUUAGAUAUACCUCCUCUAGAGGAUAUGACAGAACUCAUUGAUCAAGUAAAUAUGUUACAUAAAGAUGUGUUACCUGGAAGACCAAUAGAGUCUUCAAAAAUACCCACAGAUCCAUCUACCAAGAAAAAAACUGAAUCUUCCUCUAAGGUAACAACUCUUUGCACUUCUUUCUUACACUCUAUAUAAAUUUUGUGAACUCGGAGGACCCUUUAAUAAACCCUUUCAUAGGUUUUUCAACCUUUGACAUGUACCAUUUUAUUUAGGGAAAAUCUGUUGACAACACUGGAAAGAACACGUCCAUGAAGUGAUAUUAGUAAAAUUGCCAUGUUUGAAAGUGAUUGGUCUUAGGUGAGCGAAGAAAUAGCUCUGCAAAGUUGCAAAAUUUUAGAGACGUUUUUACGGUGGGGUGGGGGUCUACAAACUUUAUUGCCCUGGCACUUUCAAACUUGGUAAUUUUACCAAUUUAAAGGCGCUCUUUCCAACAGCGCUAACAGGCAGAUUUUCAUGAACUUGUUCAUGAGAAAAGUUGAAAAACCCAUCGAAAGGUCUAUUAGUGUUUGAGAUGGAGUUGUUGGGUAGAAAGGCUGUUAAGCACUGGCAUGAUUGCAUAAACUAUUAUAGUUUACUGUCAAUUUUGGUGUGGAAAGAGUUGGCAAAGUGUUCGGUUGGUUUUCCCGAUGUACACUGAUAACUACUUUUUGUGUUCUUGAUUAUAUUAAUAUCAAAAUAUCAAGUAUUUUUUGAAGUUUUGAGUGUUUUGAGUCUGUAAUGAAAUUCUUAAUAAUCAAAGGACUGAAUUAGUUAUCCUUGGUACCACCCUUAGUAGUUAUUUGUUAAUCACUAAUAUUCAGGUUUUCCAUGCUUUGUUUCAGUAGAACUACCAGGACGCAAAUUAUACAAAUAACCAACACAGAGCUGCAAAUAAUAAUAACUUGGUCAUCAGACAAUGUCUGACUAAAAUUUUCCCAAGUCUGUGGGGUAGAGAGAUGGACUGUAGACUCAUUUGUAGUAAAAAAAACUUCCAUCAGCACAGAAAUGGAGUAGCUGAUUGGUCAGUUUUAUAGUUGUUGACAGAUAAUUAACAAGUCUGUGGUUAAGUCUGGCUUAAGUUAGCAAGCAGUAGAUAUGUUCAAUAAGUCACUAAUCUCAUUAAUAUGAAUCUAACCACUAAUAAUGCAGAGGUCUGGACUGGGAGCAAAGGGAGUGUGUACCAGUAUUUGAUUUCUUUAUUUGUUGUCUUUUCAGAACCAAUCACUGGCUCAAAGUCAAAGUCAGAAAUCUUUUGGUGGAUUCAAAAAAGGAUUUCUGAACAAUCCCAAACCAAAAAAGGGAAAAUCUCCAUCUUUAGCAGAGCCUGGGAAAAAAGAUGAUAUCCCUGUUAUUAAGCCCAAGAAUCCAGAGCAAAAAAAAAAAGGAAUGGAGAUACCGGAAGUACAGGAAGCAAUGAAAUCAAAUAUACCAAGUUUGGAAAACAAAGGUGAUUAGGUCAAAUCAAAAUUAUAAUUUGCUAUGUUGUCAGAGUACUAUCAUUUUAUAAUAUAUCUAGCUGGGUUUUUAAAAAUGUUACCACCAAGAAGAACUAUUCUACCCAGAAGUCCAAAGUCCAAAGUGGCUAAUAUGAAUACUACAUUUAAGAAUGUCAACCACUGCUUUCUUCUCUUUACCUCCUUUCUCUCUCCUCGCUCUUGCUAUUUUUCCUUUCCUUUUUCUUAGUUAGUGGGAUUUUCAGCCUUACCUGACACAAAAAACCUGCCUUUUGGCCCUUUUCCACUCUUGGCUGCAAAUUUUGCCAGUAUCAUUUUCAAAAACUUGGCUGGAUACAAAAGAAAACAUUUGUUGAAAAAUAGUUAAAUACACUAUUUUUUUUUUCAAUAGACUGGAUAACUGAGGAUCUCUUGAAGAAGAUUGAAGGAAAUCCUUCUCUGUCAAAGUUGCUUAUGGACCCUAAGUUCACUGCUGCACUGUCACAAGUUCAGACAGACCCCAUGAAGGCUAUGGCCAUGCUCAGUAGCAAUCCUGAAAUGCAGAAAGCUUUACAGGAGUUCAGUGCAUUACUAGGAGAACACUUCACUUCACUUGGGAAUUCAGCUGUGGGAAUGGUAAGCGAGGAAAUUAUUUUGUAAUGAAAAGAAAGAAACAGUUGGAUAAAGUAGCCCUGGGUGGGGCCUGACAUGACCCUAACAAAGGGAGCAGGAUCGAACCAGAGUUACUAUAGCAAUGGCAUAAGAUCAUUAAAAAUCCAAGACACAGAGUCCCCUGGUGAAAAGUUGUCUAUGAGGAAGAAUGGCUAAUGCUGAUGCACAUAUUACAAAAAUCAGACUUUGAGACUCAUCAGAGAGGCUCACAGGAUUUCAGGUUUGGGUAAAAACAUUCCCAAAAUAUGUGAUCUUAACAGUUAAAUUAAUAAUUUUAAUAAAUAAUAAAUAAGUUAAUUUUUAAUUCACUGGCACAAACCAUAUAUAGCAGUGGGAAAGGACUUGUAGUGAAAUUUAGAGCCACACAAGCAGGAUCUUCUAGUCAACAUUUGCCAGCUCUAGCACAUAAGGUGUAGAACUGAAGAAGUGAUUAUGUCGUAGGAAUAACAGAACAAAGGAUUCACUGUCACAGUAGUUGCCCUAAUUAUGUUCUUUGAACAUAUUUCUCUAAAGAAUGCAUAAAUGAAAGUUGGGAAAACGUUGAGAGUUUCAUCAUCCACAAUCUCACUGGCAGCAACAUUUUCGUGAGUCUGAAUCAAGGCAAUUUUCACUUCAUGAUUGCAUUAAAUUGAUGUAGUUCACUGUUAGCCUUUGUUUUAGUAAAUCCAUCAAUUCAGAUUUCACUCCAGUUUUGACUUAGGAUGUAUCAUGUUUCCAUAGAAAUCUACAGUCAGUCAAGACAAUGACAUUGGACUUACUGAAAGAGCAAGUGCUAGACAACAACCUCCUGUUCCUCCAUCCCCUGAGGAUCAAGCUAAAAUGCAGGAAAUUCUAUCAGAUCCUGAAGUAAUGAGAGUUCUACAAGAUCAUCAAAUACAGAAAUUAUUGACCAUGAUGAAGACCAAUCCUGAUGCAGCACAGUUGUAAGUAAAGAAUAUUUUGUUACCAUACUGUAAACUGCCAUUUAUAACCCCCCCAAGUUAUAGGAUAUGUUGUUCAUGUAAUAUAUCAAAACAUGAGACGCAGUGUUUCAUCACCAGAUGAAACACCGAGAAGAGAGUUGAAAAUACGACGCGCAGCGGAGUAUUUUUGACGAACUUCGAGGUGUUUCAUCUGGUGAUCAAACACUGUGUCGAAUGUUUGAUAUUUCUUCUCAAACAAAAUCAUUUUUGAAAGAGAAAUUAAGGAUGCAAAUACUGAGCAGUUUUUCAUCCGAUUUCCAAACACUCAUUAAACAUUAAUUUUCUUUGUAUUUUCUUUAUGAAUUAUUAAUGAGUUUGAGAAGUACUUGUCUUGCCUCGCUACAACUAACUGUAGCUUUCCAGCUAUUUGUGGGGCAAGUUAUUUAACUGCUAGUAUAUGCAAGAAUGAAAUUGUUGUUGGUACGGUUUGGUUAUUUAUCAAUUCUGGUGCCAUGAGCAGUUGGAUUCCCCAGUUCCAUUUCUUAAAUAUAUUUAUGUAUAAAAUAUAUAGUAAAUGAUUUUACAUUAUUGAGUCAUUAUUUCUAAACCUUAUUAUUCAGUCUUUGGCUUAAAGUUUUUGUUUUUGGUGAAUGAACUCUCUCUCUGUCUAUUGACAGUCAAUCACUUUUUACCUUUGCAACAUUAACAGCCUUUUCCUGAUCCAAGGUUUGUAGAUAUUCAAAAGAAUUACUCUCAUAAAGGUGUAUUGUAUUGUUAUCUAUUUCCUUGCAGAGAAGUAAAGAAUGCCAAUGCUGAUAUGAGGGCUAAGAUACAAAAACUGGUUGAAGUUGGACUGUUGGGUUUUGCUCACUGA